AUGUCCCAAGACACGUUUAAUCACGGCUUCGGUGCCCUUGCACCGCCAAAUCCACACAGAUUGCCCUUUGAUUUCAACGACAACGAGCCUCCCUCAUCCCUUCCUCCCCUUCCGCCACCGGCUAGAGGCCACCAACGAUCGAGAACCACCGUCGACCUCCCUCCGCUGUUCACCCGCACCCAGUCUUCCUCCCCUACCAGAUCCUCUGCAUUUUCCUUUCUGCGGCCUCAAAGUACCCGUUCUUUGUCGCCGGAGAGACUCUCAGCCGCAGAGGCUGCGGAGGACCCUGUUUCAGCAGAAUCACCGGCAAAGAGAAAAUCGAGUGGAUUGGCGAGCUGGUUUGAGGGAUCUUCGGAUCCUGUCAAUAUAACCCUGGUGCCUUCCGCUCGCAAGGAAAAGUUGGAUCCUGUCUAUGAGGCUGCUACCACCGCAGAGGCUUUCUCCAUGAGUUCAGAUUCCAUAGACAAUACUCUGACACGACGACCCCCCAGAAAGCCCAGUUUACCGGCCCCCCCGGUCUCAGCCAUGUCGAAGUUCAACAUCUUCAGGAGGAGUACAACAACACAAAACGCUCCGGAGAAUUGGGAUGAAUUGGCGCAGUUGGACAUUGACGAUGCUCUCUUUCCACACGGACAUCCCGACGAAUUUUCGCCGGCCGUCUUCAAAAACCUCCAGCUCAACGCCGAAGGCACAAUACGCCGCUUCCAACAGGCAUACAAAGAGCAGCGACAGUCUCUGAGAUCCAUCACCUCAAUCAAGAAUGUGCAGGCAGACGAACUCGAGGCUGCCCAGACGAGGAAUGAGCAUUUAAAAUUGCAAUUACAAGAGAUGGCAGAACGAGCUGCAGAGCAGGAGAAAUCGAUCGCCGAUCUCAGGGCACAGUUAUCGGCACAACUAUCUCUGGAAUCCCAACAGCAGAGUAUCCGUAUGGUCCCCCAGGACAUUGAUUCCAAACCUCGUCCAAAGUAUCGCCGCUAUCGCUCAUCCGACGUGUCAACAUCCGGAGAAUCAGAGGCAGGGUCUGAAGUGAGCUCCGUGGUCAGCGUCUUCUCUGAGGCAUUGUCGGCGGCGCCUUCUCAGAACACAUCCAUCGCCAGUCCGGUGCUGAAGUCUGCAAGCAUGGCGAGAGACGAUUGUCCACGGUGUCAUGGAUUGAGAUCUUCAGAUGCAUGGGACGUGGUCAGCAUGAUGAAGAUGGAGUCCGCGGCUCUCAAAAUUCGCAUCGCCGAAUUAGAGAGUGCACAGGACGAUGCUCUGGAUUUUCUCAGCGGACUGAAGUUGUCAUCGUGA